AUGAGCUUCGCCCCGUCGCAGCAGCCCGGCGGCAACUCCUACUACGACUACCAGUCGUGCGCGCUCCCGUCGCCGGCCGUCGACUACAGCGCCACCGACGCUCCAGACGUGGACGUCAGCCUGUGGAUCUGGGACGCGGCGGACCCCGAUUUCCUCACGUGCGCGACGACGGGCGUGUCCUUUCCGAACGGCGACUUCGAGGAGAACACGACGACGCUCGGACCGACGCUGGCGGGCCACCACGUCGAGGUCACGGCGAUCAAGAGCGCCUACCCCGAUGGCCUGCACCAGUGCUCCGCCUGCGGGGACACGGGCUGGCGCGGCGAGACGCGCUACGAGAGCGACUGGCGGUACGGCAUCUACCUGCAGGGCUGCGUCGACCAGUACAAGAACGACUUCUUCCUGACCUCGCUGGACCGGCUCGCGCGGGACUACGCCAGCACGGGGAACGAGACGUACGCGAAGGUGGGGCUGCGGAUGCUCGACCGGUUCGCGACGAAUUUCGGCGACUUCCUCUGGAAGGACGCGGACAGCUCCUGGGGCACGCACGACAGCCGCAUGCGCAGCAGCACCAUGCCCACCUUGCGGUCGGCCCAGCGGGCGCCGCCGGGCGACGCGCACUCCGAGGAGACGGGCGUCCUCGCCGUGACGUUCCGCGAGAUGGCCGGCGCCUACGAGGCGACGCAGCACACGCCGCUCUUGCCGCACCUCGCGGCGGCGCGUGCCGCGUUGGCGGACCUGCCCGUCGCGCCCGUGGCUCCCGAGCCGCCGCGCCGCUCCCGCCGGAUCGCCGAGGAGGCGCUCGAGGCGGCGCUGAAAAAAGCGGAACGGGCCGCGGUCGAGGCCGUGGUCGCGGACGCGAGGCUGGCUUUGUCGAGCGGACAGGCCGCGCGCGAGCGCGAGCUCGCCGAGACCGAGGCGCGUUCCCGGCCGCCCUGGCCGACGCGGAGGCCGCCCGUCGAGGCUGACCAGUGGACCGCCAUCGACGACGUGCCUGCCGAGGCCCUCGCCGCGUCCGAGUUCGCGCUCUGCCGGGUGCCCCACAAGAGCCUCGUCGAGCCCUGGGCCGCGGCGGUCGCCGACGUCCACGCGAGGUUCCUGGCGGAGCAGGAUCAAGGACAGGAGCGGCGCGACCGCGCGCUCCUGUGGAUCCUCGCUCUGCCGCAGCUAUUAUGGCGAAAGCCCGUGGUCCGCCGCAUCUUCGACGUGAAAACGCUUGCCUGGUCCGCCGCCGACUCGAACUACUACUCCACCGCGGCGUCCGCGCGGAGAGGCGCGUCGCCCGUGGACAAGCGGGCGUCCUACGUCGACAACGAAUACAAGGCGCACGCGAAGCAGAUCGACGUUGAGAUCAACGGCGUCUCCGACGGCCCGAUGCUCCGCGCGCUGAGCUCCCUCGGCGGCUGCGUCGGCCUCGUCUUCGGCCAGUUUUCCGAGGCCUCCAAGGACGUCUCGUCCCUGCUCGCGGACGUCGCGACCGCGCUCUCCGAGUCGCGUUGGAUCUCCAUGGGCUGCGCGUGCCCCGACCAGGCGAAAGCCCUGCUCAGCAACGAGCUCCACCGCGAGUGGGGCACCACCGCCGCGAAGUACCGCGCGCGCUACCUGAUCUCCGGCCUCAAGUUCGUCGACGGCACCUGGACGUCCAAGGCCCGCGCCCUCUCCCACCGACUCGAAGACGACGCGCGCCGCCUCGCGGACCGCGCCGCCCUCGCCACCCUCACGACCAACCUCCGCUGCGACGGCUAG